AUGUACCGAGCGGUUCGAACAUUCAGCACCACUCCCAUUUGCAGGAAGCCUGAUCUGGUUCAGCAAGCUUUCGUCAACAAGAUCAAGGAAUUCGGCCAAAAAGGAGGUGAUCUUGCCAACUCCGACCCUGCUGUGAAGAAAGCUCUUCAACAAGAGUUGGACCGUGUCGCAACUAAAUAUCAGUUCGGAAACACCGCCGAUGUCGGAAAACUUGAUGUGAAACUUGCAUCUGCCAAGGUUGAAUCAUCUGUGAAGGCUGAACUUGAAGGAAAAACCGUUCAAGACUUGAUCGCUCAAGUUAAAGCUGAAGAGAAGCGAUUCAUCGAGCAACAGGCUUCGCGACGAGCUGAUGAGGCACGAAAAGCUGCCGCUGCCCAGGGAAAA